GCGUCCUUUCCUUCCCCUUUUUUCAGAGUGAAUAAGAGGGAACUGGGAGACAGAGAGAGACUUGGAGUCAAAAACACUCAUUCACACCCGCAAUGCCCGUUACUACCCCAACCACCAACGGAAUCAUGCCUGAAGCCAAAAAAGCAGAAAAAAAAGGAACAAAAGCUAAUGGAAAACCUGCAGAAAAGGCACCUCCAUAUGAGCCCAACAUCCCUGAGCCCAAUACGAGAGCUGAGCUGAUGAAAUACUGGAUGAAUCUCUCCCUGGAUGACAGAACUGCUCAGAAACUGCUGUGGCUUUCAGAAGGAGGGGCCAAGGUGUCCCGUAUGACAGAGGAAGUGUGCCCAGUUCUGGACAGACCUGAAAGAUUUGAACAUUCACCGCAGGUGCUGUGUAAGGAGGGUCUUUUGGGCAAUCGUGGAUACUGGGAAGUGGACUGUGAGGGCUGGGUGGUGAUCGGGGCAGUGUGUGAAAGUGCAGGACGUAAAGCAAAGGACGGCCCAUGUGGCCUAGGUGAGAAUGACCUGUCUUGGGGUGUGGGCUGGGCUGGCUCUUGCUACCAUGUCUGGCACAACGGGGUGAACAUUGAAGUCCAGGCUCCCUUCUGCCCCACCAUUGGGAUCUACGCAGACCAGCCAGCUGGCAUCAUCAAGUUUUUCCUAGUGGAGGAGGGCGAGAAUGACUCCAAAGAAGUCAGACUGAUUCAUCGGUUUGCAAUCACUUUUAAUGAGAAGCUCUUUCCUGGUUUCUGGGUGGGCAGGAAAUCCUACUGUUGGAUCCAAAAAAAGGACCAGUAGGAGGGUGAAUACAUGGUGUAAGGAAAAGGGUUAAGGUGACUUGAGGAAAAUAGGAAGAGAGCUGUGCUGGAAACUUAUCUGAGAAACGUAUCAUUGGUAGGAGUGAAGAAAAGUGACAAAUCUCAUUAUAUCCAUGGGAGUAAUUAAAGUAACAGAAACCUUUUGAUUUUUUGGAGAACUCACACUCUCAACAAAGUAUCCUGUGUUUCAAUUAACUGCAUUAGCAUAGAUAUACUAAAUGAACCCUAAAUAGACCUUUUAAGUUCCAAAUGAAUGCUCUAAAAUAUACAUUUAGCUCAUUGCCAGCCUUUUCUGAAUUCGCAGCUGUUACAAAUAACUGGGUUGGCCAAAAGUGUGUAUAAUCAAAAUAUAUUAGGAUAGUAUUUUUAACCAGUGUUUUUAUUUGUGUAGCAUUAAUCUUAAUGAUUUUGAAAAGUCAUUUUAUUUCUAAGGUCUGAAUAAUUUUGUAUUCCAUGUGAAGUCAAAUGCAGAUAACAUUGUGAAUACCUAUAUCUUUGAUCAAAUAAAA